CUGCAUAAUGGUUAGAUUAGUGAUAUCCCGGUCCACAACUCAGUGUGCGUGAGCGACUAUGCUGUCACCACCAAAUUGAACGACAUGGCGAAAUACGAAAAAGCACAUAGACACCGAGUGACCUAUAAAGUCUCGCUCAAGACCACUUCAUCUUUUUGCAAGCAACUUUUAAGGUCCAUCAGAAACAAGGCAGCCAUUGUCACCUGACCUCGAAGUGCAACCAGCCAAAACAACAAUCUAUCACCACCACAAACCGACUAAGCGGCACCCACGAUGCGCUCUGCCGCGAUCUUCACCUUGGUCCCUCUGCUCGCUGCUGGGGGCAUGGCUUUACCCACUAGCAACGAGAUCGACACGCGCCAGGACAAUAUCCUGGUCAUCUUCAAGACCUACGCAGACGCCCCCAAGUGUCGCCCCGGCCAAGGGUCCGACGACUACAGCAACAUUGUCUUGGGCUACCGCUCGCAGGCGAUCAGCGGCGAGUGUCUCAAAUUCAGCCAGGCCGGCGGCUGGGAUGGGCUCAAGGCCGUGGCGCACUAUGCGACGGACGAUUUGAACGCUACCGGUGCGUAUAUGAUAGGUGACCGUGUAGGUUGCGAUUCUCCUGCUGAUAUCUUGAGGUCUUCGGUGCUAGCGUAUGCCUAUCCGAACGGCGAUUGCGUUGACAAUGGCCACAAGGCGGCGCUUUUUGACAGCGUGUGCCAGUCGACAUUGAGUAAGUACUUGUCGUGGAACUUUGUCAAGUGGUAGGGGGCGGAACAUGGAGAAGGGACGAAACUUGCCUUGAUGUCCAGAGGGUUGAUUACGGUUCUCACUGUCCGCCACGACUCGCUGCGAUCAUCCAAGAUGGUAUAGGUGUAUGCGUGCAUCAAGUCCCAGCCCGCUUCCAUGGUUUCGGAACAGGGGCACCUGCA